UUCUUAACUUAUGAUCCUUCAUUUUACAAUUGCAAACUCAUCUGGUUACAGUUGAUUUGAGGUUUCCAUUGUUUGAUCUAUUCCCAAACUGGUUACAAUUGAAGCUUGCUCUAACUCUGAGAAGAUUUGAGUUGUUGCUUGAUAUUGAGCAUACAAUUAAUUAUAUUGGGCACAGCACCAUAAAUCAGAACUCUGAUGGAUUAAAAGUGUGUUAGAGAGAUAUAUACUCUUCAUAAUAGUUAUAAACCUGCCAAAACUUGUGUCCAGGAGAAAAUUUGAAUGUGAUUGGUUUUCGAUCUCAUAAUUUUUAUUACUCUUCGAUCAAAUGAUCUGUUAUAUUACAUGAAAUUUGAAGUUUCUUGCAAAAUGACAUAGUUCUGGGAGGGGGAGAUACCUCCAAGGCUUGCAGUUAUUCAAGUCUUGUAGUGAUCUUUUUGCCUUUAAAAUUGGGGGUGCAAUGGCUGCUUCUUGAAGUCUCUGUCAUUACACUAUGAUGGAAGAAAUUUGUUAAAUUACUUUUUCCUACAAAGUAAAGGGUGUAUGAGGGGAAGUGUACUGCUUGUGGUGGUUGUGAGAACCUCUGAGGGAAUAGCAUGGUAAUGCAAAGAGUAUUUUCAAGAUCAAUUACUCCUAUAUUAGCCAACAUAUAUCAGAAGUUCAAAGGUUUAUCUUGGAAGUCUUUGGAUCUCAAGCGGUCUGUACAUUGAUGUUCUGGAGCAAUGCUAUUUGCAGUCAUGCAAAGGCAGAGUAUUCUUUACAAUAAGGCCUCUUUCAAUUUUGGAAAGAACUCAGAUGGUUUUGAUACCAGAAUUCCCUGUAUACUCCCCAGCUUGCUUCCUGACAGAAUCCAUGUUAGAUCAUGUUUUCUAAGGGCGGAAAUUCCAUCUAGCAUUAAAAUUGAAAGUUUGGACUUCACAAAAAUUGGCUGCACAUUUCGCCAGGCAGAAGUUAGAAGUGUGGCUUAUGAGAAUGAAGGAGAAUUAUCAGAUGAAGAUGAUGAGCUUUGUCCUGUUGACUGUGUUAGAGAAUUUAAGACAGAUGAGGAAUUCUCCCGAAUUCUGGAAAAGGCCAAGGAGACUAAUUCUCUAGUUGUGGUAGAUUUUUAUCGCACUUCUUGUGGAAGCUGCAAGUAUAUAGAGCAAGGCUUCGCAAAAUUAUGCAAGGGAUCUGGCGAUGAAGAAGCUGCGGUUAUCUUCUUAAAGCAUAAUGUAAUUGAUGAGUAUGAUGAAGAAUCUGAGGUUGCUGAGCGACUCAGGAUCAAGGCAGUGCCCCUCUUCCACUUCUACAAAGAUGGGGUUCUAUUAGAAUCAUUUCCAACCCGAGACAAGGAGAGGAUUGUUGCAGCCAUUCUCAAAUACACUUCUCCUGCAUCCCAAGAUGUUUAAGCUACUCUGGUUAUGUUUCCAAACUUUGCUACUGUAUAACAGUAACGGGUACUGAUAUGAGAGGAAUAUAUGAUUUAAGUGCUAUGAAGCAUUCCCCUUCUGUAAUAUAAUGUCUAGCAAUCUUAUGAAACGUUCAGUCUUUCCACUUGGAUUAAAUUGAUGUUGGCUCAAUAAGAUGAAAUACUUGUCCA